AUGCCGGAGAGCGGGCGCCAGCUGCGGACUCUGCCUGCCUUCCUGGCUCUGGUCUGGACGGCGGCUAGCAUCAGGCACGCCGGAGGGGCCGGUUCGGAGCAGCAGAUCCCCUUGUCUGUUGUAAAACUCUGGGCCUCUGCCUUCGGUGGGGAGAUCAGAUCCAUUGCAGCGAAAUACUCAGGUUCCCAACUUCUGCAGAAGAAAAUGAAAGACUUUCAGAAAGAUAUUGCCAUUUUUUUCCUAGAUGGAGUCCCACUUUUUAAGAAACUUUCUGAAAUUAUAAAAAAAAUAUUAAACAAGGAAAGUAAAACUAUUAGGCGCCUCGUUGAAGCUGCAGAAGAAGCUCACCUGAAACAUACAUUUGAUGCUGAUUUACAGUAUGAAUAUUUCAAUGCUGUUCUCAUUAAUGAACGAGAUGAAGAUGGAAACUUCUUAGAACUGGGAAAGGAAUUCAUCCUUGAACCAAAUGAUCAUUUCAAUAAUUUGCCUGUGAAUGUCACAUUGAGUGAUGUCCAAGUGCCAACAAAUAUGUACAAUAAAGAUCCUGCAAUUGUGAAUGGAGUUUACUGGUCCGAAUCAUUAAACAAAGUGUUUGUUGACAACUUUGGCCAUGACCCUUCCCUUAUAUGGCAGUACUUUGGAAGCGCAAAGGGAUUUUUCAGGCAGUAUCCAGGAAUUAAAUGGGAGCCAGAUGAAAAUGGAGUCAUUGCAUUUGACUGCAGAAAUCGAAAAUGGUAUAUUCAGGCAGCCACUUCUCCUAAAGAUGUUGUCAUUUUAGUUGAUGUUAGUGGCAGUAUGAAAGGACUUCGCUUGACUAUUGCGAAACAAACAGUAUCUUCCAUUUUGGAUACCCUUGGAGAUGAUGACUUUUUUAAUAUAAUUGCUUAUAAUGAAAAACUCCACUAUGUAGAACCAUGCUUGAAUGGAACUUUAGUACAAGCAGAUAGAGCUAACAAAGAGCACUUCAGGGAGCAUCUUGACAAACUUUUUGUCAAAGGAAUCGGAAUGCUGGACAUUGCCUUAGUUGAAGCUUUCAAUAUGCUCAGCGAUUUCAAUCACACAGGACAAGGAAGUAUCUGCAGUCAAGCCAUUAUGCUGAUUACUGAUGGUGCGGUGGAUACAUACGAUGCAAUAUUUGAAAAAUAUAAUUGGCCGGAUAGGAAGGUUCGCAUUUUCACCUACCUGAUAGGAAGAGAAGCUCCCUUUGCAGAAAAUCUCAAAUGGAUGGCUUGUGCCAACAAAGGAUUUUUCACUCAGAUCUCUACUCUAGCUGAUGUGCAAGAAAAUGUUAUGGAAUAUCUCCAUGUGCUCAGUCGACCUAAAGUGAUUGAUCAAGAACAUGAUGUAGUGUGGACUGAAGCCUAUGUCGACAGUACUCUUCCUCAGGCUCAAAAGCUUGCUGACGAUCAGGGAUUGGUUUUGAUGACCACUGUUGCCAUGCCAGUAUUUAGUAAGCAAAAUGAGACUAGAUCAAAAGGCAUUCUCCUGGGAGUUGUGGGCACAGAUGUUCCAGUGAAAGAACUUCUGAAGGCGAUUCCAAAAUACAAGCUAGGCAUUCACGGAUAUGCAUUUGCAAUUACGAAUAAUGGAUAUAUUCUGACUCAUCCUGAACUCAGGCCUCUGUAUGAAGAAGGGAAAAAGCGAAGAAAGCCCAACUACAGCAGCGUUGACCUCUCUGAGGUUGAAUGGGAAGACAGAGAUGAUGUGCUUCGGAACGCAAUGGUGAAUCGGAAAACAGGAAAAUUCUCCAUGGAAGUAAAGAAAACAGUGGACAAAGGGAAGCGAGUGUUGGUGAUGACAAAUGACUACUAUUAUACAGAUAUCAAGGGUACCCCUUUCAGUUUAGGUGUGGCUCUGUCUAGAGGACACGGCAGAUAUUUUUUCAGAGGGAACGUGACAAUAGAAGAAGGAUUACAUGACUUAGAACAGCCUGAUGUCUCUUUGGCAGAUGAAUGGUCAUAUUGCAACACAGACUUGCAUCCGGAACACCGCCAAAUGACUCAACUGAAGGCAAUUAAAAACUAUCUCACUGGGAAAGAGCCAUUGCUUCCUUGUGACAAAGAAUUGAUACAGGAAGUCUUAUUUGAUGCAGUAGUGAGUGCCCCAAUUGAAGCUUAUUGGACCAGCCUUGCACUAAAUAAAUCAGAAAAUUCAGACAAGGGAGUAGAGGUUGCUUUCCUUGGAACUCGGACCGGUCUUUCUCGGAUCAAUCUUUUUGUUGGACCAGAACAAUUAACUAAUCAAGACUUUUUGACAGCUGAAGACAAGGAGAAUAUUUUUAACGCGGAUCAUUUCCCACUUUGGUAUAGAAGGGCUGCUGAGCAGAUUCCAGGAAGUUUUGUCUACUCCAUUCCAUUCAGUACAGAAACAGCAAACAAGAGCAAUGUGGUGACAGCAAGUACUGCCAUACAGCUGCUGGAUGACCGAAAGUCACCUGUGGUAGCAGCUAUAGGUAUCCAGAUGAAACUGGAGUUCUUCCAAAGGAAAUUUUGGACUGCCAGUAGACAGUGCACAUCUCUUGAUGGUCGGUGUUCUAUAAGCUGUGAUGAUGAGAAUAUUAACUGUUACCUCAUUGAUAAUAAUGGAUUUAUAUUAGUUUCAGAAGACUACACUCAGAUCACAGUGGAAGAGCAUUUGUCAAAACUGGGGAAGGCCUAUCCUAAAAUUACUCUGUAUGACUACCAAGCCAUGUGUAGAACAACCAAAGAAAGUAGCGAUAGUGCCCACACCUUAUUGGAUCCUUACAAAGCUUUCUUUGCUGCAGUCAAAUGGAUUGUGACUGAACUUGUCUUGUUUCUGGUGGAAUUUAAUCUAUGCAAUUGGUGGCAUUCAGAUCUUAUAGCAAAGGCUCAGCGAUUGAAGCAAACCCUAGAGCCUUGUGACACUGAAUAUCCAGCUUUUGUUUCUGAACGCACAAUCAAGGAGACCACAGGAAAUAUUUAUUGCGACAACUGCUUCAAGUCCUUUGUUAUUCAACAAAUUCAAAAUAGCAAUCUCUUCAUGGUAGUAGUAAGUAAUGAAUGUGACUGUGAGUCAGUUUCACCAAUUACCAUGGAACCAAUAGAAAUAAGGUAUAACGAAUCCCUAAAAUGUGAACGCUUAAAAUCUCACAAGAUUAGGAGACGUCCAGAAUCUUGUCAUGGUUUUCAUCCUGAGGAGAAUGCUAGAGAAUGUGGUGGUGUUUCAGGCCUGAGUGCUAAACCUACUCUUCUUGUGCUAUCUCUGCUGUGGGUCAUUUUCUCAAGGUGACAAAGGCUGAUGUACUGUUAAAUCUAUGGAUAAACUGUGAACUGAGAAAUGGUGCAACUAGAAGAUAUGAAAUAAGUCAAAACAUCAGCAUUUCAUGAUU